GUCCCGUCCCUGCCAGUGUUCUUGCCGGAGGGCCAGGCCUGCCGGUUCCCUCCCUCUGGGCCUUGCUUGGCCACGCCCCCAGCCCGGCUGAAAGGGCCCAUUCAGACGCUCCCUUAUUUAACCAGCCUGGCCCAGGGAGCAGCCGGUUGUGUCUGCAGUGAGCUGCAGGCCAGCCUGUGCUGCGGCACCCACUGGCCUUCCCCACCUUGCCGCCGCCCCCACAUCAUGCUUGGGGACCACUGUGCUGCCCCCGCAGACCGGGUUCUGCUUGGCCAGCCCCCCAAAACCGGACUCCACUGCAAAAUGGUGCUCCGAGCAGUCAGCAGGGUGCUCAGGAAGUCUAAAGCGAAGCCCAACGGCAAGAAGCCGGGCGCCGAGGAGAAGAAGGUGUACCUGGAGCCCGAGCACGCCAGGUCCCGCAUCGCCGACUUCGCCUUCAAGGAGCUGGUGGCGCUGCCCCGCGAAAUCGACCUCCACGAGUGGCUGGCCAGCAACACGACGACCUUCUUCCACCACAUCAACCUGCAGUACAGCACCAUCUCGGAGUUCUGCACCGGCGAGACCUGUCAGACGAUGGCCGUGUGCAACACACAGUACUACUGGUACGACGAGCGGGGGAAGAAGGUCAAGUGCACGGCCCCGCAGUACGUGGACUUCGUCAUGAGCUCUGUGCAGAAGCUGGUGACGGACGAGGACGUGUUCCCCACAAAGUACGGCAGGGAAUUCCCCAGCUCCUUCGAGUCCCUGGUGAAGAAGAUCUGCAGGUUCCUCUUCCACGUGCUGGGCCACAUCUACUGGGCGCACUUCAAGGAGACGCUGGCGCUGGAGCUGCACGGACACUUGAACACUCUGUACGUCCACUUCAUCCUCUUCGCCAGGGAGUUCAACCUGCUGGACCCCAAAGAGACCGCCGUCAUGGACGACCUCACCGAGGUGCUGUGCGGUGGCCCCGGCGGGGCCGGCGGCGGGGGCCCGGGGGCACAGAACCACGUGAAGGAGAGAUGAGCGGGCCGGACCGAGGCGCACAGGUGCAGGGGACGGCUGGUGUCUGCGAGUGCAGUGCCGUGCACGCUGCCCAGAGAGGCUGGGGCCCGGGCUGCGCCGAGCAUGGGGUCCCGACACCGACGGCCGGGCCGUGGCUCCCGGCUGCCCCGUUGGAUGGAUGCGUGCCGUGUGCUGGGAAGAGCCUUGGAUGCGUGCGUGCGUUCACACACUGCCGGCCUGAGCUUCGAGUGUUCUGCAGGGCUCUCCUCUCCUGGGUCUUCCGCGCAGCCCCGCCCCCGCCCCCCGCCCCGGGCCUGCGUUUUGAAAGAAGCAGCUGGUGGGAGGUGGGGCUCGCUCCAAGGAGGGGGAUCUGUAGCCGGGGCUUCUGCUCCCGCGGCCACGCCGGCCACGCCUGCUCCCUGCCUCACCCGGGUCUCGCUGUUGGCGGCUCAGAGCCCAGGGAGGCCCAGGUGGCCUGGGAGGCUGUGCACCUGCUGCUUGCUCCUGCCACGCAGGGAGGGGUCCUGGUGUGCAGGCCCCGGGGGGGCGGAGGCCCCGCGGAGACGCCAGGUCAGCAGAAGGCUGAGCCGGGCUCGAGUUCCUGUGUUCAGUAAUAAAGAGAACCCUCUCA